AUGCAUAAAAGUAUGCCAAGUGCCAAUGUUACUGCUGCACUCGUUCACGCAUUGUCAUUAAUUGGUCUUCUCCAAUGGUUCAUUCGAUUGGGUACAGAAAUUUUGUUACAGAUGACUGCUGUUGAACGUGUCAAUGAGUAUUGCCAUUUACCAGUAGAAGAAUUAAAAACAAAUGAACCACCAAAGCCUCAUUGGCCAGAGGAAGGGCAAAUUACAUUUGAAAAUUUGUCGUUUCGUUAUUCAGUCAAUUCACCAUGGAUUUUAAACAAAAUUGAUUUGUUUAUUCAACCAGGAGAAAAAAUUGGAAUUGUUGGUCGAACGGGAGCUGGGAAGAGUUCAAUUAUUCAAGCACUAUUUAGAAUGGCCGAUUUAGAAGGAAAAAUUCUAAUUGAUGGUAUAGAUACUAAAAGUAUUUCGUUGAACAGUCUUCGUAAUCGAAUAUCCAUUAUUCCGCAGGUACAAUUAAAACCUAUGAUUAUUCGUCUUCCCUCUGGCUUAUCUCAUCAAAUUACAGAAGGUGGUACAAACUUUAGUGUGGGACAAAGACAGUUAAUAUGUUUGGUUCGUGCUUUACUUAGAAGAAAUAAAAUAUUAGUUAUUGAUGAAGCAACAGCUAACGUGGAUAUGAAAACCGAUAAUUUAAUUCAACAAUCUAUAAGACAAAAAUUCAAAAAUUGUACGGUUCUUACCAUCGCUCAUCGUUUACGAACUGUAAUUGACAAUGAUAAAAUAUUGGUUUUAUCUAACGGAUGUAUUGUUGAAUUUGAUCAUCCUUAUCUACUGUUAUGUGAUACAAAUUCAUAUUUUUAUGAAAUGAUUAGUCAAGGAAAUAAAAGUGAAGCACAUGGUUUUCUAAAACAGUCCAAGCGUUAUUAUGAAAAAGGACAACAUUUACAAAUCGAGAAUGAAAUUGUUAAUAAAAUAUCUGACUUAUCUUCACGAUUAUAUACAUAUACGGAGUUUCCAAAGUCAACCAAAGACAUUAUCAAUUGA